UUCAAAAUUUAGUGGUGGUUUCCCAGCUUUGAAAAUAUUGCUAUAAAAAUGAGUAAACGAUGCGCUGAAACUGGUGUCGGAUGGAUCAUUGUUUCAGUGAUUUGGAUCCCUGUUGUUUUCGCAUUGUUUUGGCCCUGGUGUCAUGAAGUCAGGCAGAGGAUGUGGGAUUUGUGUAUGUCAAAGCAUUUUUUUGCAGAUACCCGGUGCAGCUUUGCUUAACGUUGCGUUGAGUUGUGGUCUUCGAGCUGCACUCGGCUUCCUGUCCUCCUCCGCUGCGCAGGAUGCCUCACAGUCUCGUCUCAGUCUGCACUGCUGAGCUCAAGGGGCGUCUGGAGGGCCAAAGGGCAUCCUGGGAGUUCCUCUGCCAUCUAACCCACCAUUUUAUGGAUUCACGAGGUACAGAGCCACGUCUCUCAGCCCGUCCAGAGCUUUAAAAACGUCUCCUCGUAAAAGCACAGCAGAAGAUGGCUACGACGCUGCAUGAAUUCACGCAGGUUCUGGAUCCUAAAAUGUUCCCCAGAGUGCUUCAGAUCCAGUCAGGAAUAUAUUGUCAAGGCUGCGUGUAUGAGAUGUUUGGAAGAGAGUGUUCUCUUUCAACGGGAGAUUUGCUGAAAGUCAUUGAUAUCACCAUCACCAGAUUCACUGCUCAGACCUCCAGCAACACUGAGAUUGAGAUUCCUGUGGAAUUUCCAGGUUUGUUCAAACUGUUGGCCGACAGUCAGCCGUACCGAAGCAUACAAGAGAUAGCCGACUCACUCAAUAUCAGCUCCCACAGACUGUCCCAGCCCGUUUUCCUCAGCGGUUCGGAGAUUCAGCUGGCGCAGGGCAUCAUCAGGGAAGGAGACAGCUUCAGAAUCACUGCCGUCACCCAUGAGCUCAACGGUGGACGUGUGCAAUGUGAGCUGCUACACAGAGAGCCCAAGUUCUGCUUUAGCCUGAGCUUCUCCCAGCAAGGCCACUUCACAGAGUGCCAGGACAACCAGUUUUAUACCCUGAAAGAGAUCGCAGAGUGGAAAAUCUCCAAAGGCAGAAAGAGGACUGUAACCGAGGUCAAAACUCUUCCCAAGAAGGACUUCUUAUUCUCGAAUUUGCUGGAGAAUGUAUUUGGAGAGCUGAAGCUGACCCCUGUGUAUGAACUAAAGGCUGUUACAAGGCUCAGUGAGAAAAUUAUGCUUGUCCCAUCAAAUUUGGACGUGGAGGUGGUGGAUGUCACCGAACAGUUUGACUGUGACUCCUUUGUGCAGCCUCUCUCUCUUAUGGACGUUUUCAAGAGGCCUCGAGAGUUUUUUCCUGUGGUGGCCAAGUUGUCAUGUGAAAGACCUUUCAAGCUUUCGCCAGAGCUGGAAAUGCUUUUCCAUUCCAAACAGGUGAUCAUUCAUCAUGCUUUUUCUGCUAAGCGAAUACUGGCCUCGGAAAUGGGCCGUGAAUCAACAAGACACUUUCUUAUUCCGGAGUCCUACAACGGUCGCUUCAAGCGCCGGCCGCGACAGUUCCCCACCGCCUACGAUCUGGAGCGAGCGCGCAGCGAGACCGAACAGAUACGUGUGGUCGCCACCAGGGAGUUUGAGUCUGUGUACAACGGGCUCACUUCUGUUAAUGCUGGAGAUGAGUUCAUCGUGACAAAAGGCAAAAGCUGUGCGCUUUCACACAAUGGGACCAAGAGGGCAGCUGAUGCUUUUCAAUGUCUGAAAGUUACAGAGAAAAGCCAAAAGACGGAGGUGAAGGAGUCUGUGCGCCUCCCCGUGUGUUUGGAGGGGGGAUUCAUGGAGCUUGUUAAAGACAAGCGUCAAUACACCAUUGCGGAAAUAUGCCGAUGGUUCCCGCUGCCCUUCAACGUCAAUGUGUCUGUGCGUGACCUCUCUCUGAAGGUGGACAUUUUGGCUGGAGCACCCGGUCUGCACAUUGAGGAGGAGAUCUCUGACCCUUGCCUCCUCAUUUCAAACACUGACCUCUCAGAGAUCAGGGAGGUGCCAGUCAAUCGCUCAGACUUGAUCCUCAACAUAAAACAGCACUGGGAUGGCGAGAGUCCAAUAUGUAGUGGAAAUUCAGCCAUCGAGGAGAUCUCAGAGGACUGUUACUACACACUCAGGAGAUACGCCGUUACUACCAUCACACCCCCUCCACGACCUCCCAAAAAACCCAAAGACCCUCCACCACGACCUCCCAAAAUGCUGUCAUCCAGAUCUGAGAGCGUAAACAGUGAGAACUCCAGCUGCUCUCCACAGAGUCAUUGUGUCGAACCUUUUAAGCAAGAUGACUUCAUGCAAUGCAGUGACUCGAAAAAUGGAAAGGACAAAAAGAUUCCCAUUAGUCCGGUCCUUUUCCCAAAGCCUACCCUGCAGAAAGAUCUUGCCAAGGGCCGAAGUUUGGACAACAUAUCCAUCACAAAACUUGAAGAUGACGACAAUGAUGUGCAUGAUUAUGAAUACAUAGAUGAAGAUCAGCUUGACAGUAUAAGGAGGACAUUCAAUGAGCAAGACAUUAACAUGGGCAAAGGAAAACCGAGUAACACAAUAUAAGUAUACUACGAAGACACAACAUGGUUCAACACACACGGAGUUCACUAUGGCUGUGUUCCAAACCCACUUGCUUUAAUUUCACAUGACGUGACUGACAUGGCCAAAGUCUGUUUAAUAAUCACAUUACUAUAAAUCUGAUGGAAUGCAAAUAAUUUAUUAAGUUAAGGUCUUCCAUGUUUUCAGAUCCCAGAGCAAAAAUGUACUUAUUAGCCCUGUAGGAGAGCAGACAUGAGGCUUUUUGGAAAAGCUUCUCUUAAUGGGAUUAAUGCCAAGCUUGGAGUGAACAGGUUAAAGUACAUUAGUUCAGCAUCGUCUUUGUUUGGUCAGUUGAUGGUCUGACCCUGAUUUACUGCAUGUUAUAUAUUCGUUCAAAUCCUUUUCCCCCUUGAAUUUGUGUGCAAGAUCCAUUGGAUAUUAUGGUGCUUGUAUUAACUGGUGUACUGUUUGUUAUGAAACGGUAAUAAGUAAUAAC